ACUUAAUAUUAACGAUGCAAUUUUGGGAAAUUCGGUUUACUACCUUCGACACACAUACAAUCUAUAUAAAGUCUUCGCGAUGGAUGGUCUACGGCAGUUGUAGAUAGUGAUACAGUGAUUGACUGUCGAAAUAUAAUGUGUCGGUGUGCUUAAGGAAUUGCCAAAUUAAUUACGCGUUCACGAUGCUGUUAUCCGUUUGCAUACUCGGAAUGGUGGCCGCUUCAGUUACCAGUGUGCCAGCCGAAACCAAUCAAACCGCUCAGUCAGGGCACACCGACCACUCCCACGCCUGGUUAGGGAAAUGGGAAUCCACAAAAGAAGGAGAAGAGAAUCUCGCUCAGCUGCUGGAUCAAAUUCGUGACGCUAUUCCGCAUUACACUGACAAAAAGGUCACACAUGAAUAUAUCGAGGAAGGCGAACAGUUCCUGCAUAAAGUGAAGAUUGUCGACGGUGGUCAGGAAUAUGAAGUGCGCUUCAAGCUCAACGAAGAGGCCACGUUCCAUCUGGGAAACGAACCGGAUAUCAAGUACGUGUACAAAGAAGAAGGACCAAAUAAGCUCACUGUCCACAUGAAGAUUCCUUCGAAAAACAAAGAACUGAAGGAAUGCUAUAACGUUGAAGGAGAUAAAAUCGUUAAGAACUACGAAUCUGGAAACGUCAAAGCUAAGCGGAUCUACAAACGAGUGCAGAACUAAUCUGUUUAAAAAACCAACGGGAUAAUAAAUGUUUCGGUUUUCUGACGAUCUUUGCCUCUGGAUGUAUACAAUGUUGCAUCUAAAUGUAGUAAUAAUUGUUAUCGAAUAUGCAGUGCUGCAUGGCGUUAUAGAUGCUUGAAUUGCUGCCGUACUUGUACCGUAAAGGAUUUUCCGCAUUAAAUUUUAACUGCUGAAAUUAAAGACGAAACGAACUACUAAUAAACUUGUUAAGUAA